CUAGUUUUCUUUAAGAAUCGUAUAUUCCUAUUGCGGCAUCAUGUCAUUCAGAUAUUAUCCAAUGUAUCUUAAAGGGAAUCCACAGUUGAGGGUUUACUUGCCGAAUUUUUGGAUGAAACUACUGAAACCUAAAGAAAAUGAUCCAAAGAAUCUGGUCACAUUUAAAGUACCUGUUCAGAUGACUGAUUGGGAUAUUAGAAAUUAUUUAGAAAAGAUUUAUAAUGUUCCGGUAGUAGGAGUACGAUCGCAAGUAAAGUGUGGUGAUAUUAAACCAGCACAAGGAGCUAAAUAUUUGAUAAAAGAUGAUGAUUAUCGAUUAGCUUAUAUUUCUCUACCAAAGGAUAAAGAGUUCAACUGGCCAAAUCUUUUUCCGGAUAAAAAGAUUGAAGAAGAAGAAACUGAAUUUAAAAAAUUUAAAAAAGCCAUGGAAAUUGAGCAAAAAAAGGGAAAAAGGCAGAAUUGGAGUCGCCAUCGCGUUCCAUCAUGGUUUGGUGUUUAAUUUCGUCUCUAUUGUAGUAAAUACAUUUAUUUAUCCUGUAUAUGACAAAUUUUAUGUAAACGAAGCAUUUACAACGAAAUCAUUAAACUUGUAUUAGGUUUAGUAAA